AUGAAAUUAUAUCUUUUAUUACUGAAUUGUUUAAUUUUUGGUAAUUUAAGAGGCGCCCAAAGCAGGAAUACCCCGUAUAAAGAAGACUCAGGAGGCGCUUCCGAAGAAGCGAUAAAAAAGCUACAAGAAAUUAAAAAGCUCGAGUUGGAUAUCUUGAAGGAUUUCGUGAAGCAGGACACGACGCAUUCAGAUAUAUACAAGAGAUACCACUGCAUUGCCAGUGACUACAUUUCGAGUGACCCCAAAGGCAGCAGUCCUAAGGAGACAACCCCAAAUAGUGAAGCAGAAAAAUACAAAACGGAAGGACAAAAUUUGACAAAAAAAGAGGAAAAGUCAAAAAAAAGUUUCCUAGAAAAAAUUGUAUCCUUUGUAUCCAUUUUUAGCUACGAUAAUAUAAGCAACUUUUAUUCUGAGAAUAUACAGAAGAGUUUUACGAGUGGAAGGGACCACGAUGAUAAUGAGAAUGGUGAUGAUGCCAUAUACAAGGAAGACAAAAGUGAAAUAGGAAAAAAACAAAACACAAAUUCUUACGUACAAUUAUCAGCAUUAAAUUUAAUAAAAAAAAAUAUGUUUUUGGGUGGCAAAGACAAUUCUAGUGAGCAUUUCGAGGUGGGAAACUUGGGAUCCUUUUACAUGAUUUUUGGAGCUCGUAAUACUGAUUAUCCCUGGGCAUGCUCGUGCGAUCCUCUUCAAUUGAAAGAUUACAAAGAGAAGAAGAGGAACUACGUUUUGUGCAGCAACCAAGUGGACAUGUCUAUACAGAAUGCCGAUUUGUUUUGCAACCCUAAGAAUUCGUCUGGCUAUUUUUACUUGUCCUACAUUUUCAUGUUUCUCAUUGUGAUCCUUUGCUUUUAA